GCAGGGGGGGGAUCACCGAGCCGAGAGAGGCGGAUGCUGCGAGCGUAGAGAGGCAGGGUACCAACCAGGAGCAUCACCGCACUCACCACGAUGGACAGAAUGAAUUUUCUCUCCUUCUUCCUCCUUUGCUUGACUUCCGUUGCCACUGGCAACAAAGCCAAUAAGCACAAGCCAUGGAUCGAGACAGAGUACCAGGGGAUUGUCAUGGAGAACGACAACACGGUGCUGCUCAAUCCCCCUCUCUUUGCCCUGGACAAAGACGCCCCACUACACUAUGCUGGUGAAAUCUGUGGCUUCCGGGUUCACAAUGGCCCCUCAGGUUCGGGUUCGGUCCAGUUUGAGGCCGUGGUUCUGGACCGCUCCACUGGAGAGGGUCUGGUCCGAUCCAAAGAGCCGCUGGACUGCGAGAGCCAACGGGAGCACAGCUUCACCAUCCAGGCCUACGACUGUGGAGAGGGACCCGAUGGAGUCAACAGCAAGAAAUCACACAAGGCCACCGUGCAUGUUCGUGUUAACGAUGUCAACGAGUUCUCCCCCGUGUUCGUCGAGCGUCGCUACGAGGCUUCGGUCCCAGAGGGGCGUCUGUUUGACCGGAUUGUGCGUGUGGAGGCUCUGGAUGCUGACUGUUCCCCUCAGUACAGCCAGAUCUGCUUCUAUGACAUCAUCACUCCCAAUGUGCCCUUCGCUAUUGACAAUGAUGGUAACAUUAAAAACACAGAGCCUUUGGAUUCCAAACAUCAGCGUGUUCACACCUUCUGGGUGACCGCCUUCGACUGCGGGAAGAACCGGGCUCAGGCUGAUGCCCAGGUCGUUGUCACCGUCAAACCAUCAUGCAAACCCGGCUGGAUGGGAUGGACCAAGCGCGUGGAGUACACGCCUGGGUCUGGAAGCAUCCCCCUGUUCCCCAGCCUUCAUCUGGAAACCUGUGAGGAGACUGUCUGGAACAUCCAGGCCACCGUAGAGCUCCAAACGGGCCACAUCGGAAAGGGCUGUGACAGAGACAGCUACUCUGACAGAUCAGUGCGACGGCUGUGCGGUGCUGUGAGGGGUGAGGUCGACCUCCUCCCACCUCCGUCCCCCGCUGCCAAUUGGACAGCUGCUCUGCCCACUCUCCCCUCCUCUGACUCAUCUCUGGUCUUCUCCUUCAACGGGUCAAACCACGUUGCAGUGGUGCCCGAUUCUGUUGUCUCGGCUUUAUCGGGCGACCACUUCACCCUGCAGCUGUGGAUGCGAAGGGGCGGAGCCAACAUCCAGCCUGCGACCACCCAGACCAGAGGAAACCGCAAGGAGGAGGAGACUAUUGUGUGCAGCACUGUCAGGAACGACGACUCCUUCUCCCACUACUCGCUCUCCGUCCACGGCUGCCGUCUCUCCCUCUUCUACUGGCCCGACGUCUCCGCUGCACGGCCCGUCAAGUUCCUGUGGAAACUGGAGCAGGUGUGUGACAGCGAGUGGCAUCACCUUUCACUCAGCGUCCAGUUCCCCUCUGUCACCCUGUACGUCGACGGUGUAACCUUCGACCCUGCCCUCAUCCAUGACAACGGAGCCAUCCCCAACCCAGCCCCCCGCCAGAGGAUGUUCAUUGGCGCCUGCUGGGAGCCAGAAGAGAAGCAGAAGGAGAUACUAAACAACACCAUCCCAGAGGGUAAAGACUCAGUGAAGUAUGUGGGGGGGUACCACGGCCUGUUGUCGGGGGUGACCGUGCGUCCGGGCAGUGUGGAGCCUCACAGUGUGGUGGAGUGUCUGUACGCCUGCAGGGAGGGGCUGGACUUUGGAGACCUGGAGACUCUGGGCUCUGGCAUGAAGGUUCAUGUGAAUCCCAGUCAGUCAGUGUUGGUGCUGGAGGGAGACGACAUUGAAAGCUUUAACCGUGCCGUGCAGCAGGUCACCUACAGAAACUCUCUACGCUUUGCCACCCCUGGAGUCCGUCCCCUCAAACUGACCACCUCACUCAGAUGUUUCAAUGAGGAGAGCUGCCUGUCCCUGAAGCAGCUGGAGGGAUACCUGGUGGUUCUCCAGCCUGAUGCCCCGCAGAUCUCUCUGUCUGGGGUUGGACCUCAUCUGGCCCGUCCUGCCCCUGAGUUUGAAGGUCCCCGUGGUGUCCCACUUUUCCCUGAGCUCCGGAUUGUGUGCUCCCUGUCUCAUGCUAUCAACACAGCUGCACAGGGCAUGGAGGGAGGAGCUCUCAUGUCUGACGCCGUGGCUCACACUCUGGACGGCUGUGAGGUCCAGCCACUUGGGGAGGAGCUAAACCCUGAGAGGGAGGAGCUCCUGGUGGACAUGGAUGUCGUGCGAGAGAGGGGACUGGAAAUCAUCAAUACUACUGCAUAUAUUGCCAUCACAGGUGCCGAGUCCAUCUCAGUGUACGAGGACGUCCUUCGCUCAGUCCGCUACCGACUGGCCAAAGGCUCAGCCCGCUUUGAGAGACGUUUCCGUCUGUCUUGCUCUGAGAUGAAUGGCAGAUACACAAGCAAUGAGCUGACUCUGGAGGUAAACUUCCUCCACUCCCUGGACAGUCUGUACCAUCCGUCCCACCUGCUUGCCUCCCAGCAGCAGUUCCUCCAUCCAUCCCACCAUGCCGGAGAGCUGAGUGGACACACACUGCCCAACCCACACCGCAACUCAGUGGUACCAGGAGCAGCCACAGUCAUCAUAAUGGUGUGUGUUGGUUUCCUGGUUGUCAUGGUAAUCCUUGGAGUGUUCCGAAUCCGUUCCAUCCAUCGCCGUGGGGAAGGUUCCAGGGGCGGGGCUAAGGAGGGUAGCAGCCAAUGGGACGACUCCGCCCUUACCAUCAUUGUUAACCCCAUGGAGUCCUAUGAGUCGCGCAUGGGCAUCUCUGCCGACACGGAGGGGGAGGGGGAGGAAGACGAGGAGGUGGCUGAGUCACCUGACGAUGCCAGCGAUGACCAGCGAAUCAUCAUCAAGAAAGAGGGAAGGGACGGCAAUGCCCGUCGCUAUUGAGCCGCCAGUUCUCAUGGAAACCACAAACCGGCUCACCAGUCACACACGCCCAACACUUUUAAUAUUGACGACUGCUGACACCACUAGUAUGAGGAAUGUAUGCUUACAAACACAACGCACAACACAGUCACUGUAAUACUCUCGUACUCUGCGCCAUAUGUGACCUAUAGCCAACAAAGGGCAGAUGUUUCCACCUAAAUGUUCAAUGGCACAAUGUAUACAGUUAAUGUAAUUUAACCGCCUGAGCAAAACCCCACCAAAAUUGUAUGUGAUGCACCAGUUCUAAAUCACAAGAUGGUAAUGUGUCUGUAUAGUGUGUUACUGGUUGAAUGAGACUGCUUUUGUUUAAAAAAAAAAAAAAGAUUGUACUUUAUCUUUUAUUACUGAAAACAGAAUGAAAUCUAUACGAAAUGAAACCUGGAAAAAAAACAUGCAAACAACAAGAUACAAAGCCUUGAUUCUGACAUGUGUCUGCACUCCCCAAUAAGACUCAAGAAGUCUGUGCACAAGCUUAACACCUCAACAUAUUCCUCUACAGUCGCAGAGUGAAGAAAGUAGAUUCUGAAAUUGUCUCACAAAAACAAUAAAAACACUUUGCUUGCAGGAAUUUUUAAUUUAUCGUGACUUAUUUAGUGCUUCAGCUCCAAAAUAUGUUUUUAUGCGGGGCUGGUGAUUAGCUGACAAAAUUCAAGGACUAUCAACCACACACCUCAUCCUUCAAACAGACUCUGCAAUACUCCAUAAAUACAAAAUAAAAGGCCUAUGAGUGUCGAGUCCAUGCAGCAUCGUAAGGGGUUCAAGUUGGAAUCUCUGCAAAGUUUCAGCUUGUGCCACUACAUGACAAAAAAAUCUACAAUAAACCUGGUGCAACCUCACGUCUAACCCACCCCUCACAGUGACCACAGGAAUGUCUCUAAAUGACUCACACUGCACUCUUUCACUCACUGCAAACUGCUUUUACAAUAACUGCAGGACGUCACAUGCAAAAAAAAAGGAAAACCACACACACA